AGAUUGACAGAAAGACAACUGGGAAGAGAGGAUUGAGGGCGAGACAGAGAGCGUCAAGAGAAGUCAAGAUAGUAAAAAGCUAAAGAGCAGACAUGGCGAUGCAAACCGAGGAAGCGUGCGGCGGGAGAAGAUGAGGUGACGCCAGAGGGGUUGCAGGCUGCAUCUUUGUAUCUGCACAGGUGUGUCUGGAGGUCCGGUGUCGGUCUCCUGAUACUGAACACACGGUGAACUCUUGUCUGAGUGCUCGUCAGCGGUUCCGGGUGAUUACUUGGCUCCUAUGAUCCACGCGGCCUUUGUAGGCGUCUACUCUCCUGGUCCACACGCAACCUGCAGUCAUGGAGAAAAAACUAGAGGAGCUGAAGCAGCAGCUACAAAAGCAAUGUAUGAUCAACCAGGAGCUGCAGCGGCAAAACAAAGACCUGGAACAACGACUGCAAGAGAAAGAAAGGCUUUUGCAGGAGCUGAACGGCCAAUAUGACGAGCUGGGUGUCCCCUCUCAGAGCGGUAAUGUCGUUGAACCGGAGAUCAGAAAGAGCCGCGCCGCUGUCAUUGCCUCUGAGCCCCUCCCCGAGACCCUGGAGAUACGCAAGAGGGUCAAGAAAGUGGCCAGCGAGACCAGUCUGAUCGUCAAAGCCAUCCAGAAGAAUGACUUCCUGAGCCGCCUGGACGACGAGCAAACAGCCAUGAUGGUGGACCUCUUGGCGGUGUCCAGCUACAAACCCAACGAUGAUGUCAUUAAAGAGGGCACAGAAGGAGACAGCAUGUACAUCGUAGCAGCCGGUGAGCUCCUGGUUACUCAAGCGGGCCAAACCCUGCGCAGCCUGACCACUGGGGAUGUGUUCGGGGAACUGGCCAUCUUGUACAACUGCAGGAGGACAGCUACGGUCAAAGCAAAGACAGCGGUGCGUCUGUGGUGCAUGGAGCGACAGACCUACAGGACAAUCAUCACCAACAAGUCCAAGAAGAAGCGCGAGCAGCUCCUGGGCUUCCUGAAGACGUCUCGUACUCUGAAGGAGCUGAACGAUGUCCAGCUGUCCAAAAUCAUUGAUUCUAUGGAGGAGGUGAAGUACCAGGACAAAGACGUCAUCGUCAGAGAAGGAGCAGAAGCAAACGCAUUCUACAUCAUCCUGAAAGGAGAGGUCUUGGUGACCAAGAACGUGAACGGGCAUCAGAAGCAGAUUCGUAGGAUGGGGAAAGGCGAGCAUUUCGGGGAACAGGCCCUCAUACGCGAAGUCUUGAGAACCGCCACGUGCAGCGCCGAGGGCCCAGUCACCUGCCUCUCCAUCGACAAGGAGGUGUUUGAAGAGACAAUUCCCAUAGAGCACCUGGAGCUGUUUGACGACUCCAAAGUGCUGCAGGAGGCAGAAGCUUCAGAAAAGUCGAGUCCCGGCUCCACUCUGAGGUUCAAGGACCUGGUCCCGGUGCUGUACCAGGAGGGACGCUAUCAAGGGGAUCCCGUCACGCUUGGAGUCGGAGGGUUUGGUCGUGUGGAGCUGGUGACCACAGUGAACCAUGAAGAAUAUUACGCUAUGAAGCGAGUCAGCAAGAAGCACAUAGUUGCUAAGAGACAAGAGGAGCACAUGCUGUUUGAGAAAAAGAUCCUCAAAGCCACCCAGUGCAACUUCAUCGUCAGCCUGCACGCCGCUUUUAAAGACACGCGAUACAUCUACAUGGUCAUGGAGUUCUGUGUGGGAGGAGAGAUCUGGACCAAACUCAAAGAAGUAGGGCGUUUUGACGAGCCCAUCGCCAUGUUCUGCACUGCCUGUGUGGUGGAGGCCUACGCCUACCUCCAUAAGAAGAACAUCAUGUACAGAGACCUGAAGCCUGAGAACCUCAUGCUGGACAUAAAGGGCUACGUCAAACUGGUGGACUUUGGUUUCUCCAAGGAGAUGGUGCAUGGGGACAAGACCUACUCGUUCGUGGGUACUCCCGAGUACAUGGCGCCGGAGAUCAUCAAGAACCAGGGACAUGACUUUGCAGUGGACUUCUGGUCCCUCGGCGUCCUGAUUUAUGAGCUGUUGGUGGGAAGCCCUCCGUUUUCCAGUUCAGAGCCUCAGAAGAUUUAUGCAAAAAUCUUGGACGGGGUGCUCAAGUACCCGCCUUACAUGAGCGAGGCAGCCAGGUCCAUUAUCAGCAAAAUGUGCAGACCUCGGCCGGGUCAGAGGUUAGGAAACACCAAGAACGGAAUCAGAGAUGUCCGGAAUCAUAGGUGGUUCAGCAGCAUGAACUGGCACAAGCUGCGUGUGGGUCAACUCGACGCCCCCACAGUCCGGCUCAUUCGCAAGGGCCCCUGCUACAUCAACUUUGAUCGUUUCCCUCUUGAUCAGACGAAGGCGGAGGAGGAGUUCUCCGGCUGGGACCGCGACUUCUGAUGUUAAAAGGAUCAAAGGCCUCGAGAGUUUCACCUAAAUAUGGAACCAAAUAAAAAAAAAAACUCAGUUCAAGCCAAAAACAGGAUGACAGAAAGCUUCUUAUUGAAUAAAAAAACCCCAUCUAACUUCAUACUGAUUUGAUUAUAAAAUCUGAAGUGGAACUGGAGAGUAUUUUCCAAAAUGUGGAGCUUUUCUGUUGUCAUAGAGACACAUGAGAGACACAUCAACUGGGUGGAAAAGGGCCAAAAAAUAUGUAGAAGUGUCAAGCCGCGUUGUUUGGACGUUCCGUUUCAAUGAAGAAGUGUUAUUAACGUCAUCCAUACAACACUCCUCACUGAUUAGAAUAAAACACCCGUCCAUGUGCUUGCAAGCUGAGAAAAAAAAGGGCUGAGUCAUUUUGUGCAAUCAGUAAAGUCGAGCUCUUACUGAGACGGGAAGACGCACACUGAUUUCUUAUCUCCAUUGUAUUCAAAUGUGUGUUGUUCUUCUGGAUCUAUGUUGAUUUUAGUGAUGAAAUGUGCUUAUCUGCUAUUUGCCAAGUUGGUAAAUGUUUGAAUAUUGUUAAAGAUUUUUUUUAUUGUAAACCAUCACUUGAAAUUCUUUGUUUUCGGGUAAUCUGUCCCCUUUAUGCAUGCGAGUAUAUUCACGCAACAUGAUGAUAUAAGAGAAUUUCUACUCAACUUUUAAAUAAAAGUACUCUUUUCUGCAUGA